GGCCGGGCGGAGGGCUAGAGGGGUGGGGACCCUGGAGAGGUGGCGGUGCGGAGUCUAGGCGACGGGGCGUGACGGGGCCGGAAGGUGGCGGGAGGGGGCCGGGCCGGAGCCGGCGGGAGGGCCAGGUCCCGAGGCCCCGACCCUGGCGUGCCCGCCCCCUCCGCGGCAGAGGAGGAAGAGGAGGAUGAUCUCCAGAUACACCCGGAAGGCGGUGCCACAGAGCUUGGAGUUGAAAGGAAUAACAAAACAUGCUAUUAAUCAUCAUCCCCUUCCAGAGCAGCUGGAUGAAAUUUCUUCUACCAAUGACAGCCAUGAAAAAGAUACGAGUUCCCAAAGUGAGUCUGACAUCACACAAGAAUCACCUUUUACAUCAGCUGACACUGGGAAUUCAAGAUCUGCUUUUCCAAGUUAUACAGGCACAGGGAUCUCCACUGAAGGCAGCUCGGACUUCUCCUGGGGAUAUGGUGAGCUUGAUCAAAAUGCCACUGAAAAGGUCCAGGCAAUGUUCACAGCCAUUGACGAGCUCUUGUAUGAGCAGAAGUUGAGUGUGCAUACUAAGAGUCUACAGGAAGAGUGCCAACAAUGGACAUGCAGCUUUCCUCACCUCAGGAUCCUGGGUAGGCAGAUAAUCACUCCAAGCGAAGGAUAUGGACUGUAUCCUAGAUCCCCUUCUGUUGUUUCAGUUUCACAUGAGACAACACUUUCUCAAGAAAGAGAUUCUACUAUAUUUGGUAUUAGGGGAAAGAAGUUACAUUUUUCAUCUUCUUAUGCUCACAAAGCAUCUCCCAUUGCCAAAUCCCCUAGUGUGUAUUCUAUGGAAAGAGAGGAGGAAGACUGUAUAAUCUUCUCUGAAGGAAUAAUAGAGGAAUACCUAGCAUUCGACCACACUGAUAUGGAAGAGGGGUUUCAAGGAAAGAAAUUACACGCAUCUCCAGAGAAACAGAAAUUAGGGUACCCUCCCAUUGCUCCAUUUUACUGCAUGAAAGAGGACGUCCUUGCUUAUGUGUUUGACGACGUGUGGAGCAAAGUUCUGAGCUGUAUGGAGCAGCUGACACGUAGUCAUUGGGAGGGAUUUGCUUCUGAUGAUGAGAGUAAUGUUGCAAACACCAGACCAGUUUCAGAAAGCCCCUGUGUGCUGAGUGAACCACAACCCUUGGUUUUACCUCGAGUGCCACAGUCGAAGGUGCUGUCCAUCACCUCAAAUACAAUGAAUCUCUGUCAAGCAGCAAGUGGUCAUCAGCCAAAUGUGAAUGGUCUCUUGGUCCAUGGGAUGCCUCUACAACCAAGAAAUCUCUCCCUAAUGGACAAGCUACUAGAUCUUGAUGACAAGCUACUUAUGAGACCUGGAUCCAGUACCAUCCUUUCAACCCGAAAUUGGCCAAAUCGAGCCCUGGAGCUUAGCACAUCAGCUCUGUCAUACACAGUGCAGUCCGCCAGGAGACGCAAUCCCCCACCACGUACGCUUCAUCCCAUCAGCACAAGCCAUUCAUGCGCUGGAACGCCAAGGCCUGUGGAAGAAAUCCUCAGAGGAUCCCGAGUAUUCAGUAAGAGAUGUCUAUACCGACCACAAAUCUUUCAUGACACCAGGGUUCUUCUCACCUGUCCAGGAGCGGCGGACUCACUCUCCUCUCCCUCACCAAUGCCCCUGAGUCGAAACAAUCUCCUGCCACCUAUUGGCACAGCUGAAGCGGAACACUUAAGCACUGUGGGGUCACAAAGGCAAACGAAAACCCAUGGUGACUCCAAUCGAGCUCGAAGUGCAGUGGUGGAUGAGCCUAACCAUCAGCAGCCCCAGGAGAGGCUCCUUUUACCUGACUUUUUCUCCAGGCCCAACACUACUCAGUCAUUUUUGCCAGAUACACAAUAUCAUUCGUGUGUUGCUGAGUAUCCUCAUCAGGCCCGACCUGGUAGGGGAUCUGCAGUGACAGGUCCUCAGUUACAUGGGUCUACAAAAUCUCAAAACAGAGGUGGACCAGUCUCUAGAACCAAGCAGGGACCAUAGGGCAAAUAGAAGAACCUGCUUCAGGCUGCAGGGAACACAUGAGAGAAUUUCAUGAAUCACUGUCCAGUCAUCUUGUGAUGCGAAGCUUGUAUACAAAAGAACUUAAAACAUCUUCAUGAAGUGUUAAUCUGGUGUAACUGACUGAGGAAAAAAAAAAGAAUAUCCGCCAAAGAUUACAUGGGUACUGUUUUUCCAGUUACCAUCUUCUUUCAGCAUUAAGUUAACCUACUCCACUGGACAGAAUUUGUAUCCAAAAAUGUAACAAAUGAAUAAUUACCCCCAAAUCACUGCUCAUGUUGUCUGUUAAUGAUGAUCAGUUCAAUUAUAGGAUUCUAUAAGUCUAUGAAGACUAUACAUACACAAAAAGCAGCAAAUGAUUGUUUGAUAACAUGAAGCUAUAUCACUGGCUUCAGAACACUUCCACUUGUAUGAAUUUCUGGAGAGUUGUACUCAUUUUUAAGGCAUUUUUAGGAGACAGUUCUGUCAAAACUCUGAGCUACUCAUCAAACAGAUGUCAUUCCUAAAGCUUUCUCUUUAGAUGUCCAAUCUUCUAGGCAGAGGUAUGGAAGGGGUGAGUAAUAAAGACAUAAAUGUUGAACACUGGUUUAAAGUAA